GACUAUCAAAUAUGAAGAUGAUUGGAGUUAGUAGCAGCAGAGAAAGAGAAGAACAACUCAAGCAUGGCACAAACGCUAGCAAUGCCCGUAUCUCCCUCCCUCGCCCUAAUCUCAAACCCUAAACCUCUUUCGAGAACCGUCUCCUUCCCCGUUCUCAACCCUCCCAAGGUGAGAGGGUUAAGCAUAGAGUGCGCUCGUGUUGGCGGAGUGGAAAUUCCGAACAACAAGAGGAUCGAGUUCUCCUUACAGUACAUCCAUGGAAUCGGGAGAAGCAGAGCUCGCAAGAUUCUCUGCGAUAUUAGCAUGGACAACAAGGUCACUAAGGAUCUCAGCGAAGAGGAACUCAUCACUCUUAGGGAUGAAGUCUCCAAAUACGUCAUUGAAGGCGAUUUGAGGAGGUUUAAUGCGUUGAAUAUAAGGAGACUGAAGGAGAUUCAGUGCUACCGAGGAAUAAGGCAUAUUCAGGGUCUUCCUUGCCGAGGACAACGUACAAAGAACAAUUGCAGGACCUUGAAGGGUAAGAAGGUUGCUAUUGCUGGCAAGAAGAAGAAGUGAUCAAUUCUGUGAGUACAAUUUAAUUCCUUGUAAUUUCUUAUUAGCAAUGCUGCAUUCUGUUUAAUAUGUGCUUAUUUUGUAGAAUACUUAUUACUAGCUUAUAUACCUGAUUUGCAUGGGACAAUCGAGUAAUUUGAAUGCAUUCUUCAAAAUGCAGUUUUACUAUUGGAGUGUAAUUGUGUAAUCAAUUAUUUAAUGCAUCAGAUUAUUUGAUAAUA